AUGUCGCGGGAUCGGUUCCGUAGCCGUGGCGGCGGUGGAGGCGGCUUCCACCGACGUGGCGGCGGCGGUGGCCGUGGCGGCCCCAACCACGAUUUCCGCUCUCCGCCGCCCGGCAUGGGCAUGGGCAUGGGCCAGAACCGCGGCCCUAUGGGGGGCGGCCCGCAGGGCCCGGGCGGCCCACCGGGCGGAGGACCGAAGCCUGAGCCUCCGAAGCCACCUGUGUCAACCUCUGCUCCACCUUCUUCGUCCUCUUCAUCCGCCUCCACGACAGCGGGAGCUGCCGCCAGCCAGGCCGGUCCAGGAGCGCCUCCGCCGUCCACACUGCCUGCGGGACAGCAGCAGCAACAGCAGCAACAGCAGACCCCGGUCUCGACGCCCUCUUCUACUCCUUCCGGCCCUGGAGGGCAGCCGCAGCCCAAACCGAGCCCCAGCCCCACCCCCGCUGGCGGCCCUAAGAAAGGACAAGGACAGUCUCCCGGUGGCGGGCCCAAGGGACCGGGUGGCCCUCAACAGGGGCCCGGAGGGCCGCAUAAGGGCGGGCCGGGGCACCGCGGCGGACCGGGCGGCGAGCCACGGGGCCGCGGGCAGCAACAGCACCAGGGACAGCAGAGCCUCUCCUCGCAGCAAGGCUCGGCCGGUGGCGGCAGCGGCGGCGAGAAACUCUCGGACGAGGGAUUUAAAGCUAACCUGUCCCUUCUGAGGCGACCUGGGGAGAAGACCUACACUCAGCGUUGCCGCUUGUUUGUUGGGAAUUUGCCUGCUGAUAUAACAGACGAAGAUUUUAAAAGAUUGUUCGCCAAAUAUGGGGAGCCAGGAGAGGUUUUUAUCAACAAGGGAAAAGGCUUUGGAUUCAUUAAAUUGGAAUCUAGAGCCCUUGCAGAAAUUGCGAAGGCAGAACUGGACGAUACCCCCAUGAGGGGAAGACAGCUUCGUGUUCGGUUUGCCACACAUGCUGCUGCUCUUUCUGUGCGUAAUCUUUCACCCUAUGUGUCCAACGAGUUAUUGGAGGAGGCUUUUUCCCAGUUCGGUCCAGUGGAAAGAGCUGUUGUGAUUGUAGAUGAUCGAGGUAGAUCAACGGGAAAAGGCAUCGUUGAGUUUGCAUCAAAGCCAGCUGCAAGAAAAGCAUUCGAACGGUGUACUGAGGGAGUGUUUUUGUUAACAACCACUCCUAGGCCAGUUAUUGUGGAACCGUUGGAACAAUUGGAUGAUGAAGAUGGUCUUCCAGAAAAGCUUGCUCAGAAGAAUCCGAUGUAUCAAAAGGAAAGAGAGACUCCUCCCCGUUUUGCUCAGCCUGGCAGUUUUGAAUUUGAAUAUUCCCAGAGGUGGAAAUCUUUAGAUGAAAUGGAAAAGCAGCAGAGAGAGCAAGUAGCAAAAAACAUGAAAGAUGCCAAGGACAAACUUGAAAGUGAGAUGGAAGAUGCUUAUCAUGAGCAUCAGGCAAACCUCCUGCGUCAAGACCUCAUGAGGCGUCAGGAAGAGCUGAGACGCAUGGAAGAGCUCCACAAUCAAGAGAUGCAGAAGCGCAAGGAGAUCCAGCUGAGGCAGGAGGAGGAGCGCCGCAGGAGGGAGGAGGAGAUGAUGAUACGUCAGCGGGAGAUGGAAGAACAGAUGAGAAGACAGAGGGAAGAGAAUUAUAGUAGAAUGGGUUACAUGGAUCCAAGGGAGAGAGACAUGAGGAUGGGUGGUGCCACCACAAUGAACAUGGGAGAUCCUUAUGCUUCUGCAGCCCAGAAAUUUCCACCUCUGGGAGGUGGUGGCGGAAUAGGUUAUGAAGCUAAUCCAGGAGUUGGCCAAGCAGCCAUGAGUGGUUCUAUGAUGGGAAGUGACAUGCGUCCUGAACGCUUUGGGCAGGGAGGUGCGGGGCCCGUGGGUGGCCAGGGUCCUAGAGGAAUGGGGCCUGGAACACUGACAGGAUAUGGUAGAGGGAGAGAAGAAUAUGAAGGCCCAAACAAAAAGCCCCGAUUUUAGAUGUGACCUGUAGUUUCAUUCCAGUUUGUUUUUUGUCUGUCUUGUUUAGACACCAACUUUUUAAUUCUUGCAUUUUAGUAAGAAAGCUACGUUUUUAUGGAUGUUAGAAACUUACUGACCUAAUAUUUGUAAGUGGUCUGUUUGGGCGAGUACAAUUUAAUUAUGUAAUGCAGUGUUUCAAAACAAAUUUAGCUGUUUUUUUGAUGUAUAACGUCCCUAACUUGAUGGCAGUGUACCUUGUGCCACUGAAUUCCCGAAGUGUACCAACUUUUUUUUACUGUGCUUCAAAUAAAUAGAAAACUAAAUGUAGUAACUCUUCUUGCCAUUCAUGGUUAAACAUAGGAGGCUAAAAUACCACACCUUGUGCAGUAAACCCAGAGUCCUGGACAGAGGUCAAACCAGACCAGGGUGUGGAACUGGAGUGAAGAGAGAUCUCUUCCCAGAAUGCCUCUAGCCUAAGAUUGGGCCAAAAAGUAGCCAAACUUUCCAGUAAGGUGCAGGUUUUUUUGAGCAUUAAUUGUGCUGCAAUAAGGAAGUAAAUUCAAAUCUUGCAAGUGCUGUAAGACAAUAACUGAAGCUACGCUGCAAGCAGUGCAGUAUGUAACAUGUCCUCUUUUAGCUCUGGAUAAUGGGUGGUGGGAUGGUAGCACGUAACCACCUUGGCAGUUAACUGCUUUGGAAUCUUUUAAAGACUUGAAGCAGAAGACUAGCAAUGGUUACUUUAAAAAGACAAAAUGAUAGAAUGACUUGUUUUGGCUGACUUCAGAACUAAAGGAUUGUUAAUGUGAUAUUUAUAUGCUCUUAAGCUCUCUGCGAUUACAGGAUCUGGCCUUGCUCCGUAUUGUACCUGAAAUUGCUUGGCAAAAAGACCAGACGUGUUACUGGAGUGAUUUAAAGUUAACUUGCUUAUGUCCUCAUGCUAAUUGAGUGGACUAAUUUGCCUAGUUCAGAAUACAAUCAUUUGUAUUAUGAGGACUGCAGGAACCAUUCUUUAAAUCGUGUAGCUGGUGGGCAAAUUAUGUAAACUACAGAAAUUAGCUUGCUUGCAUGAUGGUUAUCGCUCUUUUAUUAUUGAUGUUUUGGAGAUAAUGCUUCAAAAGUAGUACCUGAAUCUGGAGUUUAAUAGUUAAUACUACACAGUGCAAAUAAACUCCCUUUAAGGUUCUUUUGUAGAAGAUUUGCUGAAUUCGUUAGCUUGCUGUUCAUUUCAUUAAGCCCCAGAAGAAUCUCAAAGCAUUCUGGACUCAUUGCUAAGGUAGUUUCUUUGCUUAUUUAUUACAUUGUACCAGAGAAGCUGGGAACAUGGCUUCCCAGUGUCAAAUACCUUGGUGUUAAUGCAGGAUACAUCAACCUGCUUGGCACAAAGUAGGUAAAGUUAUUUUGGCUGUAUCUUCACACCAUUCCCCAACCUACCCAGCAUUCUGUGAGUAGCUUUUUAAUCUUCCAAAGAUAUUUUUUUUCCCUCCAUUCCUUGUGCUAAGCAUUGGCAAAUUCUAAAUUCUAUGCUAAAUUUUUUUCUCUGUGGGUUAAAACUUCAGUAUCAGAUUUUUGCAGUAUCUGAGAGUGCAGAUGAUAUGAUCCCUCUUGAAGUGCUCACUGGAAGUGCUAUUAUCCUUACAUGAAAAAGUAGCAUGUUGUGAGAAGCUGCUACCAGGUAACACCGAGGUGGGAGUGUGAAGUGCACUAAAGAGCAACUCUGCUCGCUUGAAGGCUGCUUAACUCUCCCAGAAAAGUUUGGGAGUUGCUAACAUGCUGCAACAAUCAAUUGCUAUUGAGGAAAUUCCCAAUUGGCAGUUCCCAAACUGUGGACCAAGCAUUUGGGAGUACUUGUAUUGGACACUUAGUUUUAAAAAUGAGCAGUACCGAUGCAAUUUGCUUGAUUGAAGUAGUGUUAAUUAAUGCAUUUGUUUUCUGGAGGGUGUUCGUGGGACACCCGCCCAAGGUCAAAGGUGUCUUGAGAUGGGGAAUUCUGAACUUAAACAUUAAAUUAAUUUUUUCAGUUUAUUUUUCAGAUUACAUGUCAUUCUUUAUUAAAGAGAUGCUGGUGCAUAUCCUAAAGUAUGUUCUUUUGUAGUUCUGUAACUUGGAAGAGUGAAAGAUGCUGAUGUCCUUGUACCUUAACAGAGGUUGUCUUUUGGUACCCCUGUUUUGUACGUAAGCUACCGUUGCUAGGUAUCAAAAAUAGCUGAGUUGCAAAACCAUGCUGAGUAACUACCCUGAAGAUUUGGCAGUUUUCAAAACAUCAGAAAGUUGGGUUAAAUUUCUAGCUUUGUUGGAGCUGUAGAAGCAGAACUUCUAAAACAAGUUCUGCUUUGAGUUGGAUGUAUUAAAACAGGAAUACAAUGAACUAGCCAACUUCUUCACAAGACCUUUUAAAGGUGGUGUCUUUAAAAGCUGGCAAACAUGUCAACUUGAAAAUCUGCUAAAGCUGCUAAAUGUGGGAGGUGAGAAAGUUAAGUUCCUUUGCUCUGUUCCUAGGUUUUGGACUUUUUUAAAAUCUAAAAUCAGAUUGAUAUAAUUGAAGCUUUAAAAAAAAAAAACAAACAUAAAAACAUUUAGAGAGGUGCUUUGUUGGUCAGACCUGUUUUUGGAUGGUCUGAAUCACAUAACCACAUUUUUGUACUGGACUUGGAGGACAUUGGCUGUUGCAAUUUAGUUUGCUUUAUCAAAAUUGAGCCCAUUGUGACAUUGGGAUCUCUAAAAGCUGCAGCAUGUAGGAAGUGGUAUUGUUACACACCUAUCUUCAUGCUUUCUCAGGAAUGAAUGCAGAAUAAUCUUCUCUUCUGGUGUAGACACAUUACACUAAUCAUUUAUAACAACUGAUGAGAAACUGAAACUGCUUUUGAGAUUUUGUGGUAUUUUUGUGGUAGAAAACCAAAAUAAUCUUGGCUUCUCCUUGGCAACCAUUUAUUGUGGCAGCAAGUUUUUGCUGGAGUUUGAGACUGCAAUUUACAUUUAAAAAAAAGCCCCAAACUAGUGGCCUGCUACAUAACUGCACUUAGCCAGCAUUUCUGCAGUUCAUAACUGUGAGGAACGUAGUCCCACAAAUGGCAAUGGACAUUAGGACCCGGAUGUAGUAUUCCUGCUUGCUCCAAGAUUCUCAUUGCCGACUGCGUACAGGUAGGUAACAAGCAAUAUCAUCUAACUUGGUGACUUUCUAUGUAAUCUUAUACUUGUGGGUAUUCUGACAUCACACUUCUGACUGUGGAAUUACAGUGCAGCACUCUCCAUACCUGUAUAUGUUGAGCUUGCAGCAAAGCCGCGUGGUUUUCGGUUUGAAUCUUUGUCUUGUUCAGAAGCAACAAGCAACUGGCUGUGGUUCUCAGAUGAGCGUUUUCAGACCCGAUUCCUUUGUGCAUAUCAACUCGGCUCGUGUGGCUUUCUUAGUUCCAAUGUAACCAAGGUAUUCUUAGAUGAGCUCUGUGGGGAAGAGGGAAUGUGGUCUUAGACUUGCUCAACUAGUCACCUAGGUGCUGUCAGUACCUAGAAAAGGACUGUUUAAGCUCUCUGUAGUGACCCAGUGGCCCAUCCUCAGCACAUCCCUCUUGUAGGGUCCUGGCUCAGUAGGAAAUGCAUUAGAAUCAGUGCUCUGGCCUCGGGUGCACUCCCAGCUUGCUAAUACAGACAGCCUGGAGACUGGUGGGGAAUUUCUUUUUUUGAGGACAAACACAUGAGUGCUUGAAUAUCCCUGUGAGCAGUUUCUCAGAGCCUAUUGGACAUUUCAGUUGUCUAUUUUAAUCCUUGACUGACAAGCAUAAUGCAUUCCUCUGCCUUUAAUUGACAGCAAUGAGAUUCUGUAUUUCUGCAUUGUAGACUCAUCUUGGUAGUGUAAUGCUCAAUUGCAUUUUUCAUCAGUCUUGGGGAUGUAAUUCUAAACUCUUCAUUACUAGAAGCACUGAAUGUAGUGUUUCAGGAUUAUUAACAUGCUUUACAUUUCCAGACAUGCUGAUCUGCAGAUCUUUUGCAUUAGCUCUUCAACCUGAAUUUCAAGGUCCCUUGUUUUCAGCACAUGAUCUAGCUCUUGUCUGAUGCUCAGGUUAUUUCAGAGGUGUUGUAAUGUGUUUCCCUCCUUGUUCUGCAAAGUUCUUCUUUGCAUUCUUGUUUCUGGUAUUACUGUCAUGUUUGGACCCUUCUGUGUCAUCUUCCAGGCAGGAUUCUUGCUGGUGAACAGAGGAUCUGCCGGACAGCCUUGCCCUGCUCUAGUUAUCUUCUUAUGUUCCAUUGAAAGCCUGAAGCAGCAGCUGCACCUUAAGAUCAGAACAGGAGGUCUUGGGUUACACCACAGUGAGUGUAGCCAAACUCCAGCUAGUCAAGUAGUGACACUGCUGUCACAAGUCAGUUUGGCUUCUCGGGGUGGCUUUACUCUUACCUGUGACUAGACUUCAGCAGCAAAACCAAUGGCAGCCUGUGUGCUGUCACCUAGCAAAACUGCACUGGUAAGCUCUAACCCAGUGCUGAGACCUGACUUAGUUACUCCAGUGUGCUCUGGAUACUUGACCUGCAGGAAUGUUGUUGGAGGGGUUAUUGGCACAUCUGCCUUGUUCUACGUACUUGAACCUAGCAGUUUUUUGACACUCUUGGAGCAAGCAAUUUGUGACUGAACCAUGGGUCUCAUACCAGCUCUGAUUGUCUGCAGUAAUGAAACUUGGUGUGGUAGCUAACUUGAAAAGCAAAUAGCCAUGUCUGCUCUAAGUCAGUCUGUAACAAGUGGGUACAAGUAAUGACAUUAAAGUGCUUGCAUUGUGUUUCAUCUUGGUUUUAUCCCUGUAUGAAGAAACUUUUUUCUCAAAACCUUACCUGAAGCUCAGAAGUGUGGUGUCAGAAUACAUUUGCGUACCUGCUAGGCCCUCAGAUCAGGUACUGGUGCUGUCAGGAGAGCCCAGCACAGCGUGGAUGGGGGCUUUACUGUAACAUUUAAGCAUACACAGUGUUGAUUUGCUUGCAGUUUUCCCCAUAGCUAAACACUGAGGCCUGUGAGUAGUUUAGGACUCGAGCAGUACUGGGGUUGCAUGUCUGUUAAUCAUUGCCAGCUGCAGUGACAGGAUCAGGAAGGCCAGUGGCUUGUUCCAUUAUGUUAAAUGAGGCUAAGCAUGUUGGAAAGGAUAUAUUCAAAGAAUGCUGCUCUGGGUUAAUAACUUGCCUUCUUCCACUUACUAGCAAGUUUGGAAUCAGCUAAUUAGCUUCAGAUAUAUUUUUUUCUUCUCCUCAUACCAGCUAGUGGGGCUGUUAAAUAGCUGCUUACUGGAAAAGGGAAAAAAAGGGAGGAUUGGCCUUUUCCCACCUCUGUCAUUGCUGCUAGAUAAUGAUUGACAUGUUAGGACUUGGCUGUGCAAUCCUGCAGUGGUCUGUGAAUACCCCAUCUCUAUAAAUGUUGCUUCUGAACACCAGUACUGAAGAGCUAACUGGGGAGAGCUGGGAGGAGUGUGGCUAUAAGUGAAUCUGGAGUGUUAAAAAAGGAUGCACAAAGAUAUAGUAUCCCUUAUGCAUGGUGUUUGUGGCUAUGGCAUAGAAAACAAAAUGUGCAUACUCUGCUGCUCCUGAGGGUCAUGAUAAAACCCAGGUGGUGGGUCUGAGACUAAACUUUGAACUUGGCCCUGCCUGGUCAGAUCACACUGUGAGGACAGUGUGAUUUGUCUCCCUACUAGAGGUGUGCACAGAACCUCACACUGCAUCCCUGGCUGUUGCCCAUUGCAGUUCACCCUUGACUUAGCUGUAGCAAAAGGGUGGGGUGGGCCUUAAGAAGGGAAGAACCUUGCCAAGAACAAAAGUUGUGACUGACAGUGCUGAUCUCCAGUGUCUUCCUUUGGCUUUUGAAGCACUUGUAGGACUAUAGGAGUUGGGGACACAGCACUCCUUGGUGAAGGGGAGGAAAGAAGACAAGAUUAGGGUAAAAAGAGUUGAAGUAGCUUGACAAAAUUGUGAAUGCCUUCACAUAAGGGAUAGUAUACCUCUGGCUGCCAUCAAACCUCACUGUACUCAGACUGGUGGUUACGGUUUGUGCUCAGACAAGGUGCAGUUCUGCAGUCAACUACCUGCAUAUUCCUUAUCUCUUCACGAGUGCUCAGGCUAGCCUAUUUCUGCCCCUUAUUCUUCCACUUAGUGUUUUGGAAUAAUUUGUAAAUUUCCCCCCACAUACACCUUGUAACUAAUCAGUCCAUGUAUCUUAAAAUCUUGAUUUUUAAGUUAGUUUUGAAAUGGUCAGAAUUUUUUGUGUAUUACCUUAAUAACUUCAGUUGUUAUCCUUUAGGUGAAGAUGAAAGCUGAGUGAAACUGGAGUGCUCAUCCA